GCGACGGCCCAGCACAAUCCGCCUUCAUAUCCCAAACAGGUCAAGUCUGGUCAGACGCUGAGUGCAUAGGACGGCUGCACGACUACAGUAGUACUUCCUUGUUCCCUGUUGGGUCCUUGUCCGCUUACGAAGGUAGACUGCCAAGCAGUGCUUCAUUAGCGCCAGCCUAUCAACACGUUCUUGUAACGUUGCGAUCACCGCGCUGGCAUAGACGGACAUGCCUCGAGAACUGCCCGGUCUCUGGUGGGACGAGCAGCGGAAUCGGUAUUUCCCUCUCUCCGCCAAGCCCGCCUUGGUCUCGUCUGCCAGUGCUGCAAACACCCAAACACCCGGAAUAGCCGCUGUUGCUGGCUCGGCAGCAACACCCAGGCAUACGACCAAUCGCAUUGACCUGAGCAGGCGCGACAGACGGCUGCGAGCGGACAGCAGCUUCUGGGGUAUCGAGUCGCUGAAACGUGCCCGCGAUGCGUCGCAACGCGAGAGGAUCAGACGCCAGAUUCAGGCCUCUCAAAUCUGCCAAACAUCGCGUGUCACGCGGACAGUGCUCCCGCUCCCCGACAAUGUUCCAUUGGCGUCUUUCGAGACGACCAAGCGAGGUAGUAGAACAUGGAGCUUUGCUGGAGACAGCCUCGGUUGGUUCUACUCCAGCAACGCGUCGGACGAAGAUGAUGUGUCAACCGCGUUCUCGAACGACUGGAAAGCCGAGUUCAAUCUGAUGUCUGAGGUCUCGUCAAUAUGCACAGAUCAAGACCUUUGCAUAGCUACGGCAUUCGGGCGCGAGUCAAAGAUCUUGCUUUUUCCUCUUCGCGAGACAUUUGUCGGCAUCACCGUCCUGAAAAUCAGCGCUAGGUAUGUUCAUGACAUCCGCGCAUCCAGCCUUCGGGGCGAAAACCUAGUCUUAGGUGCCAGCGGCCAAGCUCUUCUCGUUAGCAAUGUUGGCACGAGCCACACCUACACAAGUCUGCAAACCGGCAGCGACGUCUUCUCGUUGCUCCAGGAUGAGAACGUGGUAUACACCGGCGCUCGGAACGGCAACAUCCUGAGGUUCGACACGCGCAUCGAGGGCUCCAAGCCGGACGACCUGUUCCGCAAGACCGGCCGUCACGGAGGCUUGACGUCGAUCACGAGCCUCAACCGCGUUCGCGAGUGGCAGCUGCUCGUCGGCCAAAUCGACGGAAGGCUGGGGACGUUCGACUUGCGGUUCGUGCGAUCCAACCACCCACUACUGACAUACACGGGAAACGUGAAUUCAUAUGCCAUCACCGCUCCAGUUACCGUAGACCCACACGAAGAUUUCCUGUUCGCAGCUGGACAGGACCGGCGCGUGCGCAUAUGGUCCGUCUCGACGGGCGGAAAGCCGCUCAACGACGGCAUGCCUCCGUCGAUGGACUCUCUGCGCCUGUUCCAGAGGGUGUACAGACAUCCUAUAUGUGCGUUGAAAGCCGUGGCAGGCGACGGCGGCACCGGGACGUCAUUGUAUGUCGCCUCGGGGAGCGAUCUCUGUGAGUAUAACCUGGGGGAGUGUGUAGGACCUCGCGUAUUUUAGGAAACACUGUAUCAUAUCAUCUGCUAUGUUCA